AUGGCAGCCGGCGAUCUCAUUGACUUCGAUAUCAUCGAAGGACAGAAGGAGAACAUUCAAUCCCUACCUGGCGGACGAUCAGCAAAGAAGCUCGCUGAAGUCUUCUCGCCGUCGCCCCUGAAGAAGCUGGACACUCCCACGCCGACAGACACCAAGAACAUCAACGACUGCAUCAGAGCCGAGUACGAGGCCGAGAUCGACAAUCUGUCCGAGUCUGACGAUCCCCUCGAUGUCUUCGACCGAUACGUGCGAUGGACUUUCGACGCGUACCCCUCGGCGCAAGCUACACCCCAAUCCCAACUCCACACCCUCCUGGAGCGAGCCACCAAGACCUUCAUCGGCUCGCCACAAUACAAGAACGACCCCAGAUACCUGAAGCUCUGGCUUCACUAUGUCCAUUUCUUCUCCGACUCCCCACGGGAAACAUACGUCUUCCUAUCGCGCCAUAGCAUUGGCGAAGGGUUGGCGCUCUUCUACGAGGAGUAUGCCGAAUGGCUGGAGGGCGCUGGCCGCUGGAACCAGGCAGAGGAGGUAUACAAGCUGGGAAUCGAGCGGGAUGCGCGGCCAGUACAGAGACUAGUGCGCAAGUUCGGCGACUUCGAGAAGCGACGCGCCCAACAACCAGACGGGAUCGAUACGCCUUCAUCUCCAGCGCUGCCCAGUGUACGUCCAGCACUGGCUGCCAAGGUCGAUCCUUACGCCGCAGCUGCGCGAGCGCCUGUUGAUCCGCAGGCUCCGAGACCCAACAUGGGUGUCGGCGGCCAGGCCCCCAAGCCCGGCAAGAAGAAGCUGGCUAUCUUCUCGGACGCCGGCUCGGAAGCCCCGGCGAUGUCGUCGAUGGGCGAGGGCGCGAAGGGCUGGGACACGAUCGGGUCGCUGGCAGACCGCAAGAAGGAGAACGUGGUGGAGGCGAAACCGUGGGUGGGAGAGACGUUGAAGACGGACGUGAAGAAGAGCAGCGCGCCCAAGAUGUCGGUGUUCAGGGAUCCGUCUUUGUCCAGAAUAGCAGAGUCUCAUAUUGUCAUUGCUCCUUCCAAGCACCAAGUGAUCAUCAACCCGGCGAGUGGUAAAAUGGAACGUAUCUUUGUCAACCUCGAGGCCGUCUACCCUACUCCGGAAGAGCCAGGCACUGAGCUGAGCUUCGAAGAGUUAUGGGCUGCAGAUAGAGGCUGGCUUGAUGCUUGCUGGGACGAGGAGAGUCUAAUAGAGGAACAGCGUGCGCCGACUGACGAGAAUUGCCCAGAAGUAGACCUGCUCAGCCAGAGGGUUGCGCAGAAGUUAGUAGUGCACCAGGACGUCGUGAUGCUCGACGAGAAUGGUGCCCUCAAGGAGCAGUCCAAGCCCACCAAGAGCAAAAAGAAGAAGUUGAUGGAAGUCAACGAGACCCAAAUCAUUAAAGCGAAACUUGAUUCGCCCUCAGGCCCCAAAACCAAGAAAAAGCGUAAUGCAACAUCAGAGCCCACGAUGACGAUGCAUACGAGAGCGGCGACGGAUGAGAUAUACAGCAUGUACAAUGCGCCUCUAAACACCGCCGAGGACGAAGGCAUCGAGAGUGACAACGACGAGUACAUGACAGAUGGCGACUACACCAGCGGUGCAGAGAGCACCGUCACCACCACCAGACAUGUCUCCGCCACCAGCGAGGCCGGUGACGAGGAGACUGGCGAAGACAACAAGAGUGUGGUGAGCGACUGGUCCGAAUUCACAGCUCGGAAGCACAUCCCCGAAAUCGACGGCGAGACAGACCAGGAAGACGAGGACGGUGACAGUCAGAUGUCAGAUGCCGCCGACGCAGACACAGAUGACGAAGUAGACGACGAGGAGGCAGAUCCCGACGAAUCCCCCAGAACCAGAACCAUAUUCGUCCCGAUCCCGCCCGAGGACUAUGAACCGCCUACGCGACCGUAUAGGGACCCGGUCGAGGCGGCUAACAACCGCUUACCGUUUAUGACACCCAUUACUGAACGAACGGAGUCUUCACUUGGCGUUAUCACAGAAGCCAAGCCGCCUUACUUCAGCACGAAGACUCCCUGCAAGAAGGACUCGCUAGAUACCCCGAUCGAGGAGGACGAGGACGAUGAAGACUUUGAGCCUCUCAGCAGCCCCCUGCGAGAGAUCCUCAGUGAUUCCCGCUCUCCCGUCAAGGUCGCGCAGCCUCAACUCACAAAGCCUAAGGUAUCUACUGCGGCUGCUACAGGAGUAAAGGCCAAGCAGCAAGUAUCGAAGGGCCCCAUUAUCCUGGAGACACAAUGCAACCCCGUCGACGAGCUCAUCCGGGAAGAGAUUCUCGAGAAGAUGCACCCACCUCUAAGCUCGUACCCCGGCUUCUACGACUACCGCACCGAGCGAUGCGAUCGCGGUAACGAGAUCCGCAAGUUCGCCAAGAUGGUAGGGAAGAGUGGCAAGAACGGCAAUGACAAGACCGGCCCCAUCCACAGCCCUAUCGUGCUCGAGUUCCCGGAGCUCAUGUGCGAGUACACCGUCAAGCGAGAGCUGGGCGCCGGAGCGUUUGCGCCCGUCUACCUCGUUGAGAACUCGUCCCCUGACUCUGGCGCUGAGAGCGAUGAGGACGACGAACCCGUCGUCUCGACCACCCGCCGCGCCACCCUCGAGGCGCUCAAGAUGGAACAGCCCCCCACGGCCUGGGAGUUCCACAUGAUGCGCCUGGCCGCCACGCGCCUCGGACCGCACCACCGCGCGACGGCGUCCGUCUCGGCGGCGCACGAGCUGCACCUCUACGCGGACGAGGGGUUCCUCUUCCUGCCGCUGCACCCGCACGGCACGCUGCUCGACGUGGUCAACUUCUUCCGCGAUCAGUCGAGCAUCAUGGACGAGACGCUGUCCAUGUUUUUUGCGAUCGAGCUGCUGCGCACGGUCGAGGCGCUGCACGCGAGGCAGAUCCUGCACGGUGACCUCAAGGCCGACAACUGCCUGCUGCGCCUCGAUACCUUAUCAGAAGCGCUCUCGGGCCAGUGGCGCGCCGACGGCUCGGGCGGCUGGGCGAGCCGCGGCGUCGUGCUCAUCGAUUUUGGCCGCGCCAUCGACAUGCGCGCCUUCGGGGCGGACGUGCAGUUCAUCGCGGACUGGAAGACGGGACCCACAGACUGCGCCGAGAUGCGCGAGGGCCGCCCCUGGACCUGGCAGAUCGACUACCAUGGCCUCGCGGGCAUCAUUCAUUGUUUGUUGUUCGGGAAAUACAUCGACACGGUGCGCUGCGCCGACGCCGCCGGUAACAACAGCUUGAACACAUCGACAAACCGCCGCUACCGCAUCCGCGAGAGCCUGAAGCGCUACUGGCAGACCGAAAUCUGGGCCGAGUGCUUUGAUAUCCUACUGAACCCGGGUUCGCAUGUUGAUGUCUAUGGCGAGGAUGGUGGGGAUGGUGCGCGUAUGACUAUGCCGGUUACGCGUGAUUUGAGGCGCGUGAGGGAGCGCAUGGAGCGCUGGCUCGAGGCGAAUUGCGAGAAGGGCGUUGGGCUGCGCGCGCUGAUGGGGAGGGUGGAGGGUAUGGCGGGCGCGGCUGCUAAGGGACGGAAGCACUGA